GGGAUUAUUGUAACAAAUACUCCAGAUGUGCUGACAGAAGUAACGGCUGAAACAACGGUUGCCUUGCUGUUAGCAACAGCACGACGACUUCCUGAAGCUGUCAAUGAAGCAAAAACUGGCAAGUGGGGUGCCUGGUCUCUAUACUACAUGUGUGGUGUUGGUGUGCACCAGUCAACCGUCGGUAUUGUUGGCAUGGGCCGUAUUGGCGUAUCAGUUGCAGAAAAACUGAAAGCAUUUAAACCCGCGCGCAUGCUUUAUCACAACCGCAAGCCAAAUAAUGAAAGUAUAGUUCGUUACUUCCCUACAAAUUCUUACAGAGUCGCUUAA